AUGUCUCCUCCACCUUCGAAGAAAGCACGACAUUUCUUCAUUGAUAAUCUAUUACAGAAAGGUGAUGGUGAUUAUGUAAAACAUUUGGGUGAAGAAACUAAAAUCACCCGGAAAUUUAACCUUACCAAACUGUCUACUAAAUUCUUAAUUUCGAAUAUCCCACCCGAUCCUGAGGGUUUAUUAAAAGGAAUUUUCCAAGAAUGCAUCGACAAAACAUUGGAGACGAGUCAUGGUCAUCAGCUUGAUCCAGAUCAACUUGGCUGUACAGUGAGCAGUCAAUUGUUAGAAUCAGAUAUUUGGAUUCCAAUACGUGAAAUUUCUCCCAACACGGUGGAUUCAAUUCUUAACCAAUUUCUAAAAGUGGCCCAAUCUAAAAAACAGGAUCAGGGAAUGUUAUGGGGUGAACCAUUUACCGUUUCUGUUACAGCUAUUGACAAAAAACAUCUGCCUACAACACGUUCUAUUAAUGGUAGUGGCAAAAAUCCAUCACCAAUUCGACAUAAAGUUAAAGACCACAACCUCAUUAAAAUUAUUAAUUCAGACAACUACUGCUUAUUUCGAUCAUUGUCUGCCACCUUUAUAUUUUCAACAUGCUCAUGGCCGAAAUGGAAGUUCUAUGACUAUAUGCAUAGCAGAUUAGGAAUGAAGAAACGUUUGGAACAUGAUACAACAUUCUUGAUGGAAAAUGUAGGAGCUCCUCUUGAUUUAACAACAUAUGAUGCAAAUGAAUGGGUACCCAAGGUGGUUGAUUAUUGGAAUUCAAGGAAUGAUGGCCUGUUUAAAGUUUUUAUUUUUGGAGAAUUAGAUGAAAAACCUAUCUUUAAAUAUGGGGAUGAAAAUCACACUACUCCAAUUCUUCUUUAUUACAACAAUAAUCAUUUUGAUGGAGUUAGAAAAGCAAGUGAUUUAUUCGGUAAACCUUAUUGCCUAUCAUGUGAGAUAAUUUACAACCGCCCAAAAGAUCAUUCUAUCACCUGCACAUCAAAAUGUCAAAAUUGCUCCAGGAUCGGACCCAAUUACCCAUGCCAGCCUUUAGAUAACUACUUCAAACGGUGCAAUGGUUGUUCUAAGGAAUUUAAUAAUGAAGAGUGCUACACCCAUCAUCUCAAAUCUAAAUUUUGCCACAACUCUAAGAAAUGUGAGAAAUGUGGAGUUAUAUGGAAUGUUGCUGUGAACAACCGGAAUGGACGUACUGGUCAUGUUUGUUCAGAACGUUACUGCACCACCUGCUUUAGCUUCCAUGACCCAAAAAGAGGUUGUUACAUUAAAUCUCUAACUCAAAGGAAGCCAAAACCCUACCGAGUCAUCGCUUUUGACUUUGAAACCAUGCAACACAGGCAAGGCGAAAAAGGGAAAUUACAUGAAGUGAAUUUUAUAUCUGCAAAAAUCAACUGCCCCGAGUGUAUUAGUAACGGAAACAACGAUUGUACUAUUUGCGGAGAAGAACGAACUAUAACCUUCUCCCACCAACCAUUUUCCAACACUCAAGUCGACCAACAAAAUGUUACUAAUGAUCCUCUGGCUGAUUUUGUAACCUGGAUCACUAAUUUUUCUACUGAUACAAUAGCCUUCUCUCAUUUUGGAGGAAGGUUUGAUAUGGUCCUAGUCUUCAAAGCAUUGUAUCUCAAAGGCCUAAUCCCAGAAAUGAUAAAGAAAGGUAACAAAAUGUAUGAGAUGAAGGUGAAGAACAAUAAAAAAUGCUGGGUCAUCUUCAGAGACACAUACAAUCUAAUGCCAAUGCCGUUGGCUUCACUAGUACCAGCCUUUGCUCUUAAAAUGGAAGACAAACCUUUCUUCCCUCACCUGGCCAACAACCCAAAGAAUUAUGGGAAAGAAAUCUUUCCGACAAAAGAAGAUUACCUUGCUAAUGGGAUGAUGCCUGAAAAGAGGGCUCAGUUCGAUAAAUGGUUUGACCAACAUAAAAAUGAGCCCUUCAACUUAAAUGAACAACUAGCAGCAUAUUGUAUCAACGAUGUGGAGAUCCUCAUGGCUGCGCUCAUUGCCUUCAGAACGGAAUUUUUGGAAGUCUCCAAUGGCUUGGAUGUUCUUCGUGAAGCUAUGACAAUUGCUUCUGCCUGCAUGAAGCACUUCCGCAUGAAUCACCUCAAAGCCAACCAUUUAGGAAUUGUUCCUGAAAAAGGUUACGACAACGUCGACAACCAAAGUAAAAUUGCUCUCAAGUUUCUGAAAUGGUAUGGCGAGAAGAAUAACGUUACAAUUAGGACAGCACACUCAAAGAAUGGGGAGAAGAAAAUUGGAAAUUAUAAAUUGGAUGGAUGGGUUGAGGAAAAGAAAUUGGCUAUUGAAGUCAAUGGUUGCUGCUGGCAUGGAUGUAUCAAAUGCUAUCCUGACGACGAUCUUAAGCUUCCAACAGGUCUUACAGCUGGAAAACAGCGGGAGAAGGACCAAAAACGUCUAAAUUUUAUUAGGAAUUUGGGGGUCAAAGUGGCUGUAUAUUGGGAGUGUCAAAUCAUUGAUAUGGUAGCAAAAGAUUAUGAAAUGAGGAAGAUGUUUAAAAAAUAUCUGGAUGAUGGACCAAUAAAUAUUAGAGAGGCCUUCUAUGGGGGAAGAACUGGUCCCUUGAAGUUAUUCCACAAGGCUGAGGAUGGACAAAAAAUUUCUUACUACGAUGUCACCUCCCUUUACCCAUUUAUCAACGUCUCAACUCGAUAUCCUGUUGGGCAUCCAGAAGUCCACGUCAUCAAUAUGGAUGUCAAUUGGACCAAACCUGAAGACAACACUUACAACACUGCUCUUUUAAAAUUAUUCGUCAUACCACCGAGAAGUAUUGACGUUCCUGUUUUACCAAUGAAAAUUGGGGAAGACGAAGAUGAACGACUACUGUUCCCCCUGUGUUCUACUUGUGCAAAAGAGUACCCUAAAGGUGAUGUCAACGAAAACUACAGCUACCCCCACACUAAUAAACAGCGAGGGUGGGUCAGCACAUGUACGUCUAUUGAGAUAAACGAAGCCCUCAAGGAGGGGUAUGUGGUGACCAAACUCUUCAGGGUUCUGGAGUUCAAAAACUAUGACGACAAACUGUUCAGACCCUACAUCAAUGAAUUUAUGACCCAAAAAAUUCACUCUUCAGGUUUUGACAACACCAUCAAGGGUGACAAAUUGAAAGAAGAUAAAUUUAUGAAAGAGUGCCUGGAAAUGUUUGGAAUUAAGAUUGAGAGGGAGAAAAUGGCGGCCAACAAAGGGAAACGGACACAAGCGAAAUUGUGUCUUAACAACUUAUGGGGAAGAUUUUCACUUCGUAACUUUGGACUCUCACAGUGCAAAAUUACUGACGACCCAAGUGAAUACGUAAAAAUGAGUAACGACCCAGCAAUAACAGUUAAUCAUUGUCAUGAAUUGACUGAAGAUGGGACUGUGCUUAUCGACUACAUUAAGAAAAAAGAUUGGGUGGAGGAGCAUGACUCAUCAAACGUCAUAAUCUCGCUCUGGACCACAUCAGCAGCGAGAAUUCACCUUCUACACGCAAUGCAGAAAGUUGUAAGGACUCCGGGGUGUGAGUUACUAUACACCGACACCGAUUCUUUAAUCUUCAUCCACCCAGACAACAAAUGCCCACUUGAAUUAGGGCCUCAUCUGGGUCAGUUUACUGAUGAGUACCCAGACUUUGAUAUUUUGGAGUACUGCUCUGGAGGAGCAAAGCAGUAUGGUUUGAAACUUCAAAAUAAGUCUACUCCCAAUACUGAGCCGGACUAUGUUCUCAAAGUCCGCGGAAUGACACUCAACUGGGAUGUCAUCAACAAUCAAGGUCUCUGCUACGAAAAUUUCAAGAAGCAAGUUUUUGAUUUUACAAAAAUUGAUAAUAUUCCAAUUUUAAUUAAAUACCCAAAUUUUCUUAAACCAUCUAUUAAAGAUGGAUCAAUUAUCACUCAACCCCUUACUAAAAUUUAUAAACCUUAUGUCGGUAAGGGCAUUGUCCGCCCUUCCGAUUUUGUUGUACUAAAUUUUGGUUAUAUUAAUAAUCGCCAUCCUAGAAUUUUAUUGUAA